AUGAAAAUAUUUCUUAAAGAGAAGCCACGAACAUUUAUUGUUGUGGAUACUUCGUACUCAUUGAUUAUUCGUCAUCCUAAUCCAACUUACAAGCAUCAUGAACAUGUGCACAGACAUGACGCUCAUCAUUAUCAUUCUUCGAAAGAACUGAGGAACGGUCAACUUAACAAUAAUAAGGUAAUUGUGGAAUUUAUAAGGACAGAACUCAUUAGUAUAACUGGAUUCACAGAUAUUACACCCAAUAAAGUGAGAAAUAACAAACUGUUAAUUGGGUUUAUUGGAUUCUUGAAUGUGAAGGGCAACAUUCACCUUGGUUUCAUUACCCGCUCCACGAAAGUGGCCUCUCCUAGACUAGGCGAAACCGUUCACAUGAUCAAUGAUGUUGACUUUUAUUGCCUUAAUAAUGAUCAAUUUGACUCAUGGAUGAAUAGAAAUGAGGAGGAUUUAGCACUAACUAAUGAAGAAUUGGAACUUUCGUCAAUCGGAUAUCCUGCUGGAUCUGUCAAGAAGCUACUAUCACUGGGAAAUUUUUACUUUUCCAAAGAAUUUGAUGUCACAACCACCCUACAAGAGCGGGGGUUUGCUGCAAACAGAUCAAAUGUAGCAACUGACCGCUCAUAUUCCGAGCGAUUUUGUUGGAAUGCUUAUAUGGUCUCGGACUUUCUUGACCUUCGAGAAAGGUUAUCUAUUUAUGAAAGAGAGCAAUUUGACAGAGCCGGAUUUUUGACCGUGAUUACUCGUGGAUACACAAAGUCUGUUAAUGUCACGUUGACCGACGAUCUGGAUGCCCUCUUGACAUUGGUAUCGAAGCAGUCUUGCUGCAAAAACGGACCUUUAUUCGGAGAAUGGGGAUGUGACGAUAGAGGUAAUGUUUCAAACUAUUUGGAGAGUGAAGUUAUCAUUUAUACGGAGCUGUUCUGCUUCUCUUACAUUAUUGUUCGUGGAAACAUUCCGAGUUUUUGGGAACUUCAGAACAGAUUUUCAAAGAAGAAUAUUAUCUACUCGAAGAAGAGCAAAAAGAUAGUUUUCACUAGAUCGUUCGAAGCGUCACAGCAUGCGUUCAAUCUUCACUUUGAUACAUUGGGACAGCAUUUUGGGGAUAUCCACAUAGUGAAUUGUUUGCUGCAAGACGAGCAUUCAUACAAAGGACAACUUAAUCAGAACUUUAAGGAGCACUUGCAAUCGUUAAUUCGAUCGCGAGAAGCAGGUUUGGAUCAAGCUGAAGAGUUGGAGCAGGGCCAAGAUGCAUAUGCAAGGGAUGCCCCUGCAAGCAUUCCUCUUAACAAUUAUCGCCUAACAAUUACCGACCUUCCAAUAUCCACGGCUUACAUGAAGAGAAUUGGCUACAAUGGAUCCAACCCACUGGAUGUCGUUCUGCCCCUUACAAACGCCAUGUUGGAUUUUGGUGCUAUGUUUUUCGAUCUUAAGAGACUAUCUUACAUAGGUCGACAGCUUGGCGUAUUCCGUGUGAACUCCUUUGACUGUUUGACAAAGGCAAACUUUAUUUCCAAGAUCAUUAGCCAAGAGGUGAUUGAUUUGGCGCUUAGAGACAUGGGAAUCGAAAGGACUCACGACCUUCAUGUGCGACACUCCCAACUUUGGGCCGAGAAUGAUGAUAUGUUGAAAAAGUUGGCUGUGAACUUUCUGUCAAAUACAUCAAAGAUCCAAUCUUCCAGCAGUUCAAAUUCGAAGAAUUCUCUCAAACAACAAAUGACUCGAAAAUAUCUCAAUGUUGUCGGUGAAGUUAAACCGAGUGAAAUUGCAAUGCUCAAAUUGUUGGGAAGACUUCAAGACCAAGAUGGAGUUAGACUUUACAAUCCAUUUCACCAGUAUGUGGGACGAGAGCUAAAGAAAAGAGCCAGUGAGUAUUCCUAUCGAAAGGAUAUUCGCAUAUUUGCAUCGACUUUCAACGUUAAUGGUACAGUGAGUUCAGAUCCGACAUUGAAAGAGUGGUUAUUUUCUUCCGAAGAUAAAGUGAAUCAGGAUUAUGAUUUAGUAUGUGUGGGGUUUGAAGAAAUUGUGGAACUAACUCCGGGAAAGAUGAUAAACGUUAAAUCCGAUAAUCUAGUGAAAUGGGAGCAGCAAAUCAAAUCAUUGCUAGAUAAACAUGGAAUAGGCAAAGACAGGUACUUACCUCUCUGGAGUUGGCAGAUGGGUGGUUUGGCAAUUAUGCUUUUUAUUAAAGAGACACAAAUUGGAAACAUUACUAACCUCGAGGGCUCAGUAAAGAAAACAGGGCUCGGAGGAAUGAGCGCAAACAAGGGAGGAAUCGCGAUAAGUUUUAAUUAUUCAAACACUCUGAUAUGUUUUGUUUGUUCACAUUUGGCAGCUGGGCUAAACAAUGUGGAUGAAAGACAUCAAAACUACAAGGCAAUUGCAAAAGGGAUCAGGUUUUCCAAGCACAAGAAAAUUAGGGACCAUGAUGCCGUUAUUUGGAUGGGGGAUUUCAAUUACCGAAUAGCCUUGCAAAUUGAACAGGUGAAAGCAUUAAUUGAAAGAAAAAAUUAUCAAAAGUUGUUUGAAUAUGACCAGCUAAACAAGCAAAUGGCGGAUGGGGAAACGUUUCCUUUCUAUGGUGAAAUGGAAAUCACCUUUGCACCAACCUACAAAUUUGACAACAACAGCAACGUCUAUGACACAUCCGAAAAACAAAGAAUCCCUGCAUGGACUGAUCGAGUGCUUAGCAUGUCUAAAGGGAAGAUAUUGAGACAAGAACUCUACAAUAGCGCAGAUAAAGUUCUAUUUUCUGACCACCGCCCCGUGUAUGCUAUUUUUAACGCAUCAGUAAUAAUGGUUAAUGAGGUGGCAAAGAAAGCCAUAUCAUCUGAUAUUUAUGACAACUACAGACGAGUUGUUGGAGAUAUCAAUGUACUCAUAACUGCAAACAACGUGGACCGCUUUGUUGAUGAUAUUAGCGACAACUUCAUGCCACCUCCGAGUUCCGAUUCAUCGAAGUGGUGGCUCGAUGGGGCAUACUAG